GACAGAACGUCGGGUCACGUGACGCAGUUAUGUCACGAAGUCCUUUCCUCUCACAGGAGUUGUGCAUUACUUCAGUGGGACAAACAAAUGGAUUAAAAACAUUUACGUUAUGUGUCAUUGAAAACAUAAACUUGAGUACAGCUAAGUCACAAUUAAUUCGUCGCUGCUUACUAAUUCAUAAUUUUUAUUGUGCAAACUCUGACAGGAAGGGAGAUGUGGGGUGCAGCAAGCAAAUGAGAUCCUGUUAUGGUUUUGCUUGUUUUCAAUAAUUUUAAUGUUAUGGAGACACAGGAUUUGGGUUUGGUGAUAAGAAUAAAAGUCCCUGACGGAGGAGCUGUGGACUGGACUGUUAAUUUAGCUUCGCAGCUUUUAUUUAGAGAUAUUUUGGAUGUUAUUGGCCAGGUUUUGCCAGAUGCGACAACAACAGCUUUUGAAUAUGAGGAUGAAGAUGGUGAUCGUAUCACUGUAAGAAGUGAUGAGGAAAUGAAGGCCAUGUUGUCAUAUUAUUACACAACAGUAAUGGAACAGCAAGUGAACGGAGAGAUGAUUGAACCUCUGCAGAUUUAUCCAAGAGCCUGCAAGCCUCCUGGGAAACGGAACAUCCAUGGCCUGAAGGUAAAUACACGCACAGUGUCCUCUAAUAAUAGCAGCUCGGCGGUUUCCGACACACUGCCGAACAAUAGUUUAAAGAAAUCAUCAGCAGAACUGAAGAAGAUAUUAGCAAAUGGAGAGAUGAAUGAAAAAGACAUACAGUACAAAGAGGUCCUUGGACAUGGCAAUGGUGGUACAGUCUACAAAGCGGAUCAUUGCCCUAGUGGAAAAAUAUUAGCAGUUAAGGUCAUUGCUUUAGACAUUACACUGGAAAUUCAGAAGCAAAUUAUGUCAGAACUAGAAAUUCUUUAUAAGUGUGAUUCAUCCUAUAUUAUUGGAUUUUACGGAGCAUUUUUUGUAGAGAACAGGAUAUCAAUCUGUACAGAAUUUAUGGAUGGUGGCUCUUUAGAUGUGUACAGAAAAAUCCCAGAACAUGUUCUUGGGAGAAUAUCUGUGGCUGUUGUUAAAGGCCUCACCUAUUUAUGGAGUUUAAAGAUUUUACAUAGAGAUGUAAAGCCUUCAAACAUGCUGGUGAACACACGAGGACAAGUCAAAUUGUGUGAUUUUGGAGUCAGCACUCAGCUUGUAAAUUCUAUAGCCAAGACUUAUGUUGGAACAAAUGCCUAUAUGGCGCCUGAAAGAAUAUCAGGAGAACAAUAUGGAAUUCAUUCAGAUGUGUGGAGUUUAGGAAUUUCUUUCAUGGAGCUUGCUCUUGGGAGGUUUCCAUAUCCUCAGAUUCAGAAAAACCAGGGAUCUUUAAUGCCUCUUCAGUUAUUGCAGUGCAUUGUUGAUGAGGAUCCACCAGUCCUUCCGGUUGGGGAAUUCUCGGAGCCAUUUGUGCAGUUCAUCACUCAGUGUAUGCGCAAAUUACCAAAGGAGAGGCCUGCACUUGAAGCCCUUAUGAGUAAUCCAUUUAUUAUGCAAUACAAUGAUGGCAAUACUGAGGUAGUAUCCAUGUGGGUAUGCAGAAUGCUGGAGGAAAGAAGAUCCCAUCAAGGACAUCAGUGACUGAAAAUUAUUUUAACAUAUUGGCAGUAAACAGAUUUAUUCGCCAUAGUUCAGACGAAAGGGACCUGGGAACAACCAGACGUAAAUGGAUUUUAGGGCUACAUUCAUAUCUUCAAGUCAGAAGUAGAAGAUGUGUGCUAUAUACCAAACUCUUUGUGGCAAUAUGAAGAAUUGUAAUUUUGAAGACUUGGAAUGCAGGGUACAAAUAUCAUUAAGUACCCAUCUUUUUCAGCAAUGAUAUUUGUUUUACUUGACUAAGUUGACAAAAAACAGAACACUUUUUAUGUACAAGGAUUUAUCUAUACACUGUUUUCACCAUUGCUUUUGACAGGACAUUUUGCUUGUUUCUGUUUUACUUGUUAUUUUUAUUGUGUUUUAUUUUAUUUUUUCUAAUUAUAUUAGAAGUUACAGAGCAGUUUACAGGAUUAAGUUCACUUCAUUUAACUGUAAAUGGCUAUUGUGUUGUAUUUAUUGAACAUGUUACAUUGCUAAAUUUCUUUUGUAUCUUUUCCAUUUUAUUUAAUCCAGUGAUGUGAUCUCUGCUAUUACAACACAAGAUUUGUAGACAUGAUUCAAGAAAAAAAUAUGUAUGUACAAACACAUAAACACUGCAGAAUACAAAGAUGAGUUCAUCUCAUGCAUUUGUUUAAUCACUGUCUUAUGUCAUCAUUAUUAAUAAUCAUAGAAGGUAAGUGCUGAUAACUAAAAGCUUUGAGGAACAAAGAACUGAAAAAAAAGAACCUCUGAAGUGUGGAAGUUUGAAUUUGAGACAAUAUUUUUGUUAACCAGUAUGGGAAUGAUGUAUACAAACAUACAAUGAGAAGAGAAAUAGUGAAUAAUUUUAAAGUUUGUUUUAUUUCUGCUGUGAAGUUGAAUGUAAAACUGUUUUAUCACAUUUUUCUAUUUUAUUCAUUAUAUAGCAACUUCCAUUUGUUAACAGAAAUUGACUCCUCUUGGGAAACUUAAACAGAAACAAAAUCCUACUAAGAAGCAGUUAUAUUUGUAUUAAAUCAGGAAGUUAAUGUAUCAUCCCUUUUACUUGCUGCUGUUAUAAUACAAAAAUAAAAUAAAACAUAUUCUCCUAA